AUGAUAGUAAAAUUGUCCUUUAAUAAUGUUUUGAGUGUAAAUAUCCCACGGGGUACGCACCAUAUCACAAUGAAGCAACUACUGCUAUUAUCGGUGCUUGCCGUUGCGCACGCGCAGUUUCCCAACGGACGUAUCCUAGAGCCUCCGGUACCCGCGCAAUGUGCACAGCGCGUAAUACACGAGAGAUUUGUCGACAAUAAGGGCUACUUCUUCUCGUGGAAAGAUCCGUCGUUACGUGGAGUAGAAGAAGACUGGCUGAGUGCUAGGAACUACUGCCGUCAACGCUGCAUGGACCUCGUAUCCUUGGAAACCAGUGACGAAAACGAGUGGGUGAAAGCCCGCAUUGUACAGGAUAAGGUAAAAUACAUCUGGACUUCCGGCCGCUUGUGCGAUUUCAAGGGCUGCAACCGCCCCGACUUGUUGCCUAACGAUAUCAACGGCUGGUUCUGGACGGCUGAGCUGCAGAAGUUGGCUCCCACUACUAACAGGCAGCAAAACGACUGGUCUGAGGGCGGCGGCAUCGGAAAACCUCAACCAGACAAUAGGGAACUGAUCCAGGGUGGAGCAGCUGAGCACUGUGUGGCGAUCCUAAACAACUUUUACAACGACGGCGUACACUGGCACGAUGUUGCUUGCCACCACCGCAAACCCUUCGUGUGUGAAGAAAACGACGCACUCCUCAAAUACGUUCGAUACACCAACCCCAAUUUGAGACUU